GCCGUUUAUUUGAAAGAAAAUAAUUGGCUUCUUCUUUUUCUUUUUUUCGAAGGUCAAUGCACAGGCAGAGCCUGGAUUGAAUCACUUCAAUUCUUAUGGUUGUGGGAUAAGUAAAACAGGUGCAGGUGGAGUAGAGUCACUAGUCACACAAUAAAAAAAUAUAUAUCUUCCGCUGUCAAUGACUUCAAGUCUUCAGCUGGUGAUGGAAGCUAGCAGUAAGCUUCUCACAACCGCAAAAGUGUCCAACCCACGGGGCUGCUCAUUCAAUGUGGAUAGACAUCUUCAAAAACCUGUGCUUAUCCUUAAAGGGGCAAUCACCGAGACAAGCGUUCGCCUUCCACGCGAGGACCGUCCCCUGUCGUCUUUACAGCUGCACGACUCCUUGCUGGUUGCACAAAUAUGCUUAGAUGUUUUGAGCCACUUUGCACUCGAGAUUGUAGUAUCGCAUAGCAGCCCUCGUAGGACAAAAUUGGUAAUAGGAACACAUCUAAAAACGGCAAAGUGCGACGAUAUCGCAGACGAAUUCACCACGGCAUAUCUCCCCCUCAUCAUUCCGCGCAGCAAGUGGGUGCAGGUGGUUUUCCACGUAGCCGGAAUCGUGCAUUCUGUUUUCUCCCUUCCGUCCUGCAAGUGUAUUGACGCGAUCACGGUUGCGGGAACGGGAAAAGUGUGUUGUAUGUAUACAAGCAGUGAUGAGCAGGUGUGCAUUGACGUGACACCGGAAAACAUGGCCCUGUUUGCCGUACCGGCAUAUGCACCGCCGAUCUGGAAGUCAGCCGGCCCGCUUGCUGAGAGUCCGACUUCCCUUCCGGCUCUCGAAGCGGCAAACAGUGCACCGGCAGCAGACUCAUUCGUUAUUGCGCAGUCUUCUACGCGCUCCGCGCCUCUCUCGCCAUCGCCGUCGCCUGCACGCGGAAGACCUUCCGGGCAUCCAUCUCGUCUUCAACCUUUAGCUUCAUCUCCACUCCCUGAUUCUGCGCCACCACUCAACACAGUUUCGGUGAGAAGAGAGUCUGACCGAUCAAGUCUGAAGUGCGAUUACAUUCGCCUUGUAGAAGACGAUGUCGGCUCUGCUGCCGAGGAAGGCUAUUCGGGCCGUGCAUUUUCUGGUGAGAUGUGUCCUCAAUCCGGAGGCCAUGAGAGUGGCAAUAGACGAUUGCUAGGCAAUGGCGCGCGGAGCGCAGCGGAUAGCUUAGGUGGCGGGCUGAGUGGUUGGGAGCAACCCGUUGAUGAUCGGAAGCCAGAGGUUGCUGCCACAUCACCAGGGCGACUUGGGAAAGCUGAGCCGCCAAGGCGGCCUCAGCGAAAAUCGAUAAGCGCGCCGCCAAGCAGCGCGCCGGCCGACAAAGAGCGCAUGCAACGGAUUAUCGCUUCUCGCAAGCGACAGGUAUCUCCGCGACAGAACAACACAGGAGCCAGCGGGCCUCGCGCGCGUAGUACGGGGUCCCGGCGGCAGCAGCGACUUCGGCGGCGAAUGCGAGUGCUGCGAGCCAACGAGCAGAAAGCGAAUCGAGCCGCUGCGGCAAAGACCUUGGCGGCCUCUGAUAUCCCACUUUUUCAUCAAGUUGAGUUGCCAGAGGAACUGCUGGCGUCAACGCCGCCGUCCUUCUCUGAAACUCCCCUGUGCGGCUUCGGAUUCGGCUACCUCGGUGUUCUCAAGGCUAACGGGGAGUACGAAGAAGAUGAAGACGCCAAUCUCAACUUACAGGGUGCCCUUACGCUGAACUCCGACGACGAGUAA